AAAGUCCGUCGUCUUCCUGUGGGAGGAACUCGGAGGGUACGGGAAGGGGGCGGACCCUUGCCCCUCCCCCACGUGGCCGGUAGUGGUGAACGCGGUGCAGGACGGCGAUUCCCACGUGGUGGAUUUCUCCAGCUGGACCUCUUUGGUCCCACCUUGACUGCCCGGGCCUGUGGGCCCGCUUCCUGCAGAGAUGCCAAAGGUCAAGUCGGGGGCGGCCGGCCGUCGCCGCGAGCGGCAGGAGCAGCGUCGGGGGCUGAAAAGCGCUGGAGGACUUACGUUCAACACGGGAAUUGGGCAGCACAUUUUGAAAAAUCCCCUCGUUGUUAACAGCAUUAUCGAGAAGGCUGCCUUAAGACCAACUGAUGUGGUGCUGGAAGUUGGACCUGGAACUGGCAAUAUGACUGUAAAAUUGUUAGAAAAGGCAAAAAAGGUAGUUGCCUGUGAACUGGACCCAAGGCUAGUAGCUGAACUUCACAAAAGAGUUCAGGGCACGCCUCUUGCCAGCAAACUUCAAGUAUUGGUGGGUGAUGUGUUGAAAACAGAUUUGCCAUUCUUUGAUACUUGUGUGGCAAAUUUGCCUUAUCAGCUAUUGCUGCAUCGCCCUUUUUUCAGAUGUGCUGUACUUAUGUUUCAAAGAGAAUUUGCUCUCCGACUGGUUGCAAAGCCUGGAGAUAAAUUAUACUGCAGACUUUCAAUUAAUACACAGCUGUUAGCACGUGUGGACCAUCUAAUGAAAGUUGGAAAGAAUAACUUCAGACCACCGCCCAAGGUGGAAUCCAGUGUUGUAAGGAUAGAACCUAAGAAUCCGCCCCCACCCAUCAAUUUUCAGGAAUGGGAUGGCUUAGUAAGGAUCACCUUUGUCAGGAAAAACAAGACAUUGUCUGCUGCAUUUAAAUCAAGUGCAGUGCAACAGCUGUUAGAAAAAAACUAUAGAAUUCACUGUUCAGUCCAUAGUACUGUAAUACCAGAAGACUUCAGCAUAGCAAAUAAAAUACAGCAAAUCCUAACCAGCACAGGUUUUAGUGACAAACGGGCCCGUUCCAUGGACAUAGAUGACUUCAUCGGAUUGCUACAUGGAUUCAAUGCAGAAGGUAUUCAUUUUUCCUAGGUAUUUGAAAGAAAGAAUUUUCCAAGAUGAAGAAGACGUUAUUUUUAGUAUUUCAGAAGAUGAACUAUGCUUUUGCUCUACUGGAAAAUCAUUUGCCUGACUAUUUUUGGUUUAAUACUACUGUUGUCAUCCUUUAUUACUCUGAGUUUUAAGGUGGCCAUUUCUGAGUACCAAGGUUCUUUUGGUUUGGGUUUGCUUUUAAUAUGUAACAGUGGAAGGUCCGGUCUGCUUAUAAUAAUCUUCAAGUUCAAGAGCCGCAGAUACGCACAACUUUACACUUAUCAUUUCUAACAGUUUAUUGUAUAAAGAUGUUACUCUUGCAUUUGCUGUGUUAUGCGCUGUGAGGCCGCCUCUGGGCCUCCAGCUCUGUCCCUCCAAUAAGAGAAAAAUUCAGACGCACUUCACUAGUCACAUAUUCCCCAUCCCGUUUCAUGUGCUUCACAUUCCCCAGACGUUUCUUUUUACUCGCAUGUACAGCAAAACAAGCGUUUCUUAAAGUCUUUGCCUUUCGCUUCUCUCAUUCUUUUCCCUGUUCAUCCUACACAAUGUCUUCUGUUACUGCCUGCCUCUUGAGCUGUCCUACAGCAUCACAGACUACAUCAGUGUCACGGCAAGCCCUUGUCUGCCUGCUUGCCACCAUGCAGUGCCAGGUGAUUUCUGGGCACAGCUCCUUAGUUGUAAAGUGAGGAAACUCAACUGGAAUGACAUUAACUGUAAAAUUAUGGUUUUUUUCGCCUUGGGGAGAUAAUCACAGGUUUAGCAACAUUACAAAGGGUUUUGUAAAUUGAAACAGGUUUUAUAGUUAAAUUCUCUGCUUUCAACUUCAAAAAAAAAAAUUAUUUUCCCACAAGUACAGAUCCCCAGUAUUCAUAUAACUUCUAGAUAAUUAAAACUUCCAGUACUUUUCUCAUAUAUGAUGCUUAGUUUUAAGCUAUUUUAAAACUGUCAGAUUGAGAAUAUCAGUAGAUGUCAUAAACAAGUUUUACCAGCUACUAUGUUUAAACUAGUAUAAUACUAAAUGUUGUUAAUAUACUUUAAUAAAGAAUAUAGUAGCUAUUUUAUUUUUGUAAGAAAAUUAAUAAAAAUAUCUUCAUUGA